AUGCGUAGUCUUUUUUUUGUAAUUUUUUCAUUCCUCUGCACUUUGCUACAUUAUAUCCAAUGUGAUGUCAUAAUUGUGGAUUCAAAUGAUGAUAUCCAAAACUUUGAUAAAGAGACCGUCUUAAACCUUUCAGAAAACGUUUUUAACAUAUUUUUAGAUACAAAAAAAUCCAAAGUAACCAUAAAUGGAACGUGUUCUUACAUUAAGGACCUGAUAAAGGGAAGAAGUCUUAAAUAUUUAGAUGAGUUAGAAACCGUGGAAUAUUCCAAGUCCAAGGAUACAAACAAUUUUUCCAUAUACGUGUACACAGUUAACGGUCAAGCAGAUAUAAUACCACUUAUUUACAAGAAACACCCAAAAUAUAUAAGUUACAUUAUCACAUGUAAAGAAACGGACAUUUUUGAAAACCCAGAAGAUGCAAAAGAAAAUAAAAAUGUCUUUCACACAAGCCCUAGUACACUUUCUCAAUUAAUGGUCAUUUUCUUAAUAUUUUUUUUUCUUUUUAUCGGAUUCUACGUCCUAAUGAAUAUCAGUACCCCAAAAAUAUUUGAAGAAAAACAAUUAAUAAUAAACAAAGAACAUUGA